AAUGCAGUCGUAGUUUUCGGCCAACGUAAUUCCUCGCUGCACUUGUGGCGCAUUUUCAUUUUUAGUGAAUUUUUCACAGACUGUGUUGACUGCUGUCAGCGUCGGCGUAAAUAGUGACGGCCCAUUGUGGGAUGGCAGGAAGUUUCAUGAAUGUGCAGAUAAAUAGUGGACGAGAAGUGCAAAACCAAAAACAAUAAGAAAAAAAAACACAGAAAGAUGGAAGAUGCCGCUACGAAUGCUGCCAAUGGAUCCACCGUCCACCAGUUGGAGUCCGGUUAGUGUCGCGUUCGGUGGUGGAAGCGUCUGAGUAGCGAUAGCUGGCGUUCGAACGCCGGGGUGCUAUGCGUUUUUCACGGCUCGAAAAUCUCUUUUCCGUAAAUCAUAGUGUGAUCCCGAAACUUGCUAUUUUUACACACUAGUACCAGUACCGUUUUGUACAGAGAUCAUGAAGUUGGAAAGUUUUUUCGUAAUGUGCUGACCUUUAUUGCGUGUCACUUUUUGCGUGUAUGUGUUCAUGUGUAAAUUUUACUCCACUAUUUUUGUAAACCUUUGGCGCGGAUCACGCGAACGUACGAUAUUACUAUAGUCACUAUUCGGGAUCGGGACAGAGCUUUUUCUCUGGAGACCAUCAGUGGAAGACGAGUGCAACCUGUGGAUCUUGUGGUGUGUGAAAGAUAAGUGCCAUUAAACUCGAACUCGAUACGGUAAUAAUCGGAGCUGUAAAACAUCUAUUUAGGAGUGCAAAAGUGAGAUUGAAAAAUCACUGCCACUAGUUUCUAGAUACCAACGAGCUUCGAGCACGGUAUGAUACGUUGCCCAUACCUUCAUGAGAUGCAUGAACGUUUACUGGGACCAACUCCGCGACGCACUAUACCGAUAACGAUACCUCUGGCCAAGCCGGAAAACACGAACAUUAUGGACCGUGAAAGUGACUGUCUGCUCGAGAGCAGACCCGAGAGUCGACAGAUUGGCACGAUGGUUAGGUUAAACCCAGACGGUUUUGGGUCGCACACCACACCGACACAUCACAAAACACCGCUAGUGCCUUGCAACGGAACCGAUGACGAGGACGCGCUCGGAACGACCGUCACCGAUUCCGAGGACGAUGGGAUCCACCUGCGAACGCACAUCCGGAACAUAAUCGAGGGCCGUAAGCCUAAAAAUGCAAACGAUUUCUGGACCUUCUGGCAACCGGUCAUCGCCAAGAGGGAGAAAAGACGAAGAAGAACGUCCCUAUUCAUCGUAACUAGUCUAGUCUACGCGAUGCUGCUGAUAGUGGUCUGCGUCGCGUACGUAAUUAGUGAUGUAACAACCCACCGCCUGCCCGUAAUCUACUACGAAGGAUUCUUCACCUACCUGUACGGAGCGAGUAUACUCUUCCUGCUGUAUGUGUUCUGCUUCCUGCUGCAAGAGAGCACUUGUUGCAACGGAAAACCAAAGCCCCCCAAAGAGAAGAAACCGAAGAAGGAGAAAAAAUCGAAAAAGGGUGACAACGAAGUGGGAGGAAAGGACGGCAAGGACGGAGCCGCCAGCGGAAAGGAUGGCAAGGACGGCGGCGGCAAAGGAAAGGACGAGAAGUCCAGCACCAAGAGUACCGGCAAACCCAGCCCAUAUCAGGAAGUAUAUCCGAAGAAGAAGCGUGAUCUGGUCCGCGAAUCGCAGAGGUUAGCCAGUAGUAGUAGUAGAAGUGGCCAUUCCAGCCUACCAAAGGAUUCAACGCCGGAUCCGGAAGUGGCACUGUCUCCGCGCUGCAAGCGCAAAACGACCCAAGAUCCCGUCCACGGUAGCUUUUUCCUGCGCGUUGGUGCUAUUGCAUUCGGGUUGGGAACAAUGAUCUACACGGGACUGGAGUUUGGAUCGUUCUUCGAAAUUCCGUUUACCUCUCCCUGCCACCAGAUACUGCGAGGUGUCAACCCGCUGCUUCAAAUGAUCUUCACCUUCAUGCAAAUGUACUUCAUUUUCAUGAAUGCUAGGCUCAACAUCCAUCGCUUUAAGGUGCUGGCUCGCUUCGGUUUGAUGCACAUCGUGGCCACCAACGUGUGCGUCUGGAUACGAACCUUGGUUCUGGAGUCCCUCAAAGAAAUCACUGCCUAUCACCAGCGGCGUGGGCCCGAGCCGGAAGACAAUGCCAUCCUGGAGAACAUUCGUCAGCACACGCUCAGGAACGCCGGAAUGGUUCUGGGCACUGAGUUGGGACCCCGCGAGAAUGGUGAAUGGGAACCGAUCAGCGUUAGCGUGAGCUCGCCGGACACCUCCCACGAUGGUAGCAUUCUGUCGAGAAUGGUUCAGAAUACCGCUCAAACCUUAGCGGAAUCAACUACCGCGAUCAUAAACACAACAACUGCUCGGGCCACAAGUACCAGCACUACUACUAGCACAUCAACCACAACUCCAGGGGCAACCACCACUACGGAAGCCAUUACCAGCACUAUCGCUAGCACCGCAACUAACCUGUUCGAUAGGAUCCGUGACAUUGUGGUAACCGAAAGUACUUCAACCUCGGCGGAGACAACCACCGACGCGGACGGUCUUGAUUCCACAACUGCGGCAGCAACGAGCACGGCGACCAUCGGAAGUGGAGGAUUCUUCGACCAAUUCGCAGAUCAUGUUGAUUUCUUGCAGCGUAACAACAGUCUCGAGCAGUCGUACGAAACGCUGGAGUCGCUAUUCCCCCAAGCGUUCAUUGCCACCUCGACGGCGGCGGCUUUGAAUGCAACCGCCGUUAGCUGCGGCCGGGUCAACAUCAUGGGAACGAUCGUCCAGGAUUCGGCCCCGUAUCUGUAUCCGUUCAUUAUCGAGUACUCGCUGAUCGGAGCCGCCGUGAUCUACGUUAUGUGGAAACACAUUGGACGAUACCCGAAGUUCACCAGUGAGGAAGAUUUGGAACAUCGUCUGGAAGUUAUGCUAUCGCGUCGCGCUGUUGUGAUGGCCCAGCAGGCCCGUACCGGACGCGUUGAUUGCGUGGGAGCUUCGAAGGGGUUGUUCUUUGGUUUGCUCCUGUUGGUCGGAUCGCUGAUCUGUUUGAUUCUGUUCUUCGUCCUGGUUAGACACCCGCAGCUGUCGCUACUGGCGAUCUACCUGGCUGACGCGUCGCACUGUGCUUUGAUGGUUCUGGCCAUCUUUGCGAUCAUUAUCGGGUUCAUUCGCGUGCAAAACUUGAAGUUCCGCUGCGAGGAGCAAAGCAAUCUCAACGACAUUCUGCUACGCAUUUCGGCCUUCGGACUGUUCAUCUAUUCGACAUUUAGUGUGAUCGCUGGGUCGCUGAAUGCGCUGGAGAGCGAACCGAAUCUGCUGGUGAUGGUGACCGGGAUUGUGGCUGUUUUGCAAGUUGUCCUACAGCUGCUGUUCAUCGCUGAUGUUUCCCGUCGCCGAGUCCACCUGCCGGAACACGAUCGCAUCAAACCGGGUCGUCAAAUCGUCACAUUCCUGUUGAUAUGCAACGUAUCGAUGUUUGCCAUUUACACAUUCGAGGCGCAGAAGGUGUUUGCCAAUCCCGUUCAACUGGAUUUCUACGGAUUUAUCGCCUGGGCUCUGAUUCAACGCGUCACCCUGCCACUGUGUAUCUUCCACCGGUUCCACAGCGCCGUUACGCUAGCCGAGGUCUGGAAGACCACCUACAAGGCCCGCUUGGAGUGAGGCACCGGUGACGAAGACGCCAGCAAGUAAGCGGCUCAGAGCUAUCCACAAACGCACAUGCCCAAAAGCAAGAAAAAAACGUAAAUAAAAACGAGAACAUCGCUUUCGGAACGUCAUUCAUGAACGUCACCCACUCGUACAUAAACACACACACACAGAGAUCGAAACGAAAGCACGAAAGCGUUGACAUUUGAGGAAGCGAAAUGGAGAAAAAAAUAACAACAGUUUACAACAACAGCUCAGUAGGGGUUCCCAUUUUGUAGAGCACAUUAAACAUCGGACCAUCCCACGCGCCCCUUGUAGCCCGGGGUAUAUAGAAAACGUGGGAGCAGGGGUCAAUAAUAAACGGCGACGGAGGGUGAGUUUCCGCAGAGUAAUUUGUCUAGCAAUCAUUUUCAAACGUUCCGAGAGGAACAGAGUUUUGAAAUCUGUAGACUUCUUACUAUCGCUGUACAAAUCGGUUGAAAGUGUUCAUUUGUUUUCGAGUGAGUACUUAUCUUUUUUUUUCUCACCUUCCGGAUUAUCGAUUGCAGUUUGUAGUGCAAACGUUUCACUCUAUGUUGAGUCGAACUUAUUUAAAUUAUUUAUUUUUUAGAAGUAUGAAAACGUAACUCGUCUUUUGCUGGGUUUUCUAAAUAUAUACAUAGACUUGUGUCAAUCCCCAGGUACUUACAUGAAAUGAGUAUGAAUUAUACUUUCAUAAAGUUGUAACGUAAACAUACCAGCUAAAAAAAAAUAAGAAAAGCAAGGAACUUUAAGGAUGAAAUCGUAUAUUGGUAGUUAUAAAAUUUGAAAAUUUUACUCAGAAUAUUAAAUGCAUACAUAUACAUUUCACUCAUUACAAACUAAGGGAAGACAAAACAAAGCAGCAGAUUAAAGAAACCCUAUUAAAAUAGACGAAGCAAAUAUUAGACGUUAGGAUUAUCUCAACUAUGGAAGAAAAAAAACAUAGUGAGGAAAAUGGACGAAACUUGUUCAAAUCUAUGUGUAGUUGUUAGUUUAGUAACAUGUCACAUGUUUAAACCAUACAAAACCAAAUCUCCCAUACUCAAAAACGAAAAUAUGAAAAAAAAAACAAGAUGAAGAAAAAACGCAUCAAAAUGAAAAUGCAAAGUCGACUCGAUUUUUCAGUCUCGAAAGCAACUUGAAAACAGAACAGAAGCAACGAUCACCGGUAGAGCAGAACAAAACAUAAAAGUAUAUUGAAAAAAAAUUAUGAUACAACCGUAGGCCCCGGAGACUAGACGACAGUGUUUUUUUUCUAAAACGUAAGGACGCAAAAAACACAAAAUGCCCACCAUAUUUACAAACGUGUGAACAAAACGCUAGAUGCUGAAGUAAGCGCAACAGAACGUGUCAGCCUUUUCUAAAUUGUUGAAAUUUAUUAUAACAGUUUGUGGUAUCAAUUAUUAAUACAGAAAAAAAACAGAAAAUCAAUAGAGUGAACCAGUUUAAAGUGUUAAGAUAAAAUCUAAUGAAUCUCGUGAGUAAAGUUCGAACACAUCAUAAGUACUAAGUAUUUUCAUGCUCAUUAUUUUCAUUGAAUAAUAUGUUUUCGUUUCUGCGUUUAGUUUUAAACUGUGAUACUUUUGGGAAACAAUUAUUGGCAUUUUAGAUUUCAGUGUAAUAAUCAAAAUUUUCUUUAACUUUUUCUGUUACCAUUGUUUCGUGAUGUAGCUUCAGAAUUAUUAUGGCUAGUCACUGUUUUAAAUUACUUCGAGCUGUCAAUCAUCAUCAUUUCUAACCUAGUGAAAACAUUUACAAAGAGAAAUUCGUUCCAACUGAAAUACAUUUAUCGAGGACCAGUCUAGUUUUGGAAACUUUUCGCUCAUUCAUUUACUAAUAUUAGAAGUAUAAAGUGAAUAAACAAAAGAAUAACAAUGAAGCAGUUUGAACCACUUUAACCGAUAGCUUUUAUUGAUAACACUUUUUAAAUGAAACUUUUUACAAAAUCGCGAUCGGCCAAAACAUGUCUAUCAAGGUAAAAUCAUUCCAUCAGCUCAACGGUAGCAAUGGCUGACACAGAUCAGCUGGCUAUCUCUAAUGGACUCUGUCCACUAAGAUAAACACCUAGCCAUUGAGAAUCGACACCGAAUUCUUCUCUAAAUUUGAUGUUUAGCACUCCUAGCAGAUCCCCUAGAAGAGAAGAAGCAAAGCGAAACGCGAGCACUCGUCUCGAAUCUGUACGCGUAGUGUUGUCCCAAAAAUCAUCUCUCAACUGUAAUCUGAUCACAAACUGUCAUAUCCAAACCGAUUCAGUAGUUAAACGCUUGUUCAGAGGAAGGAAAAUACAAGAAAAAAACAGGGCGGAGACACAAUUGCCCAAACUCAAAUCCGUGUGUAACACUGCCGAAUUUAAAAACAUACACCCAUACAGAGAAACAGCUAUCCAAACAUGGCGAGGAACGGGAGAGAGUGUUUCCGAUACCUAGCAGAAGGGGAAAUAAUCGAUUUAAUUAUUUAAAGUUUAGUUUGCGAACAAAACGAAAAACGAAACUAAGUAAACUAAUAAUCAAAAUUUAACCCGUAAAUUCAUAACUACUUGGUGAACAAUGUGAGCAAAAUUAACAAUAAUAUAGUCAUUUAAAGGAAGCCAAAAAAGCAUGUUUGAACGUAAAAUGUCUAACUAGAGUUGUUCUGUAGCAACGGAAACAAACGAAAACAAAUGACAAACAUACACACACACAAGCAGUAAACGAGAUGAAAAUUUUAGGAAGCGAUAUCUGUUUUUCUAUCCGUUUUUUGAAGUCUAUUUUUAUAUACAAAACUUUGAGCAAAAGUGAAAAAAAUAAGAUACAAAUUGAGUAAUCCUGUUCAAACGACUGUAACGGUUGAAUUUUCGUCGGUUUCGUUAUUCAGCGCUGAGUUACCGUUUCUCGAAUCGAAACAAAAGGAAAAAGAAAGGCAAAGCAGUUUGAACGGUAAAAUCAUUUCCCGAAAUAGUAGACAAACGAAAAAAUCACAGUCAUAAAAGAGUAAAAAUUCUGGUUUAAAGAUUCUACACCCCUCGUAGUCUGAAUUCAGUACCGCUAUCAAUACCAAGACGACAUAACUCACACUAUUACACAUCCACACAUACUCACACUUGUAAACACACACACAUGUAUACAAUCGCAGAAUUAUCGUCGUCGUCGUCGUCGUCGACAAAUAGAAUCAAAACAAGGAACCGCUAUGAAUGGAAGAAGAGCUCACUAACGAAAGCGUGGUUGAGUUGGUGCAGUAGCAGAGGCGCAUCAAAGGGGGGACUGUGCAAAUAAAUCCAGAAACAGAAAAGCAUAUUUGUAAUGUACUAAAUAACACAAUGAUAUGUCUCAAUUUGAUUGUACAAACAGAUGCAGAAAAACAAGUCAUUAACAAAUAAAGAUGAAAAUAAA